GAUAAUUCCUAUUAUAAAAAGGAGACCCGUGUACAGAUCGAUAUCGAUAUUUCUCGAAGAAAUAUCUCGAAAAUGCGUAAGCGUAAGACAGAAACCGAAGCGACAUCUGUCGAUUAUAUUAGUCGCACAUUGGGCUGGAACAAAUGAACCGGUAAAAACCAUCACAUUUGGCAACGUGUUUGAGUGUUUUUAUCCUAUUAUAAAAAGGAGAUAAUUUAUAAUCGUGAAACAUCAUGACAUCUCCACCUAUUAAAUAUACGACCAACAGAGCCAUUGAUCAUUUCAAUGUUGCAGCUACACUCAUGAAAAUCAUCGGCUACGUCGACUGCAUUGAAGGCCUGAGAGAGUUGCCAAAGUCUCCAUCUAAGUGGAUUUACAAGUGCAUUUUAAAUAACAAUGAUGGCAGAAGGGUUCGCAUACUUUGCUCGGGGGAUGAUGCUCUCAAAUACAAGGAUGAGAUCAAGAUGUAUCAGAUAAUAAAAAUCACUGGAGGGAUUAUUAAAGCGGCCAAUCCACAGUAUCGGCGAUCAACGGACACUGUGAGCGACAAAGAAUUUCAAUUUGCACGUAGGAGCACUUUCGACAUCUUUGGCACAUUUAACAUUACGAAUGGAGCUGACAAUGGAAGGUCGAAGGUCAUCUCAUAUAAAAAAUUGAGAUGGAGAAAGUUUGUGCUGCUCGCGGGCCAGUCCAGAUCACUGGAUGGCUCAAAGAGCCAUUCAGAAGCAUUACCAUGUCCUGACUGAGGAUGUAGCCCUCAAUGAAGAUGAGUUGGAUGAUGCUGUCGAAGCACCUCCUCUCAUUCUCAAACGAGGGGCAGCUGAAUCUGCAUCUGGAGAGGCGAUGGACGUCGCGAAUAAGAAACUGAAAGCUGAAUAGCUUUAAUGACGGGCUAUUUACUCUGGAAGUUCAAUUGCAAAAUUGAAAAUUUUUUCUAUAACAAGUUCUAAACUGUUAUUUUUUCACACAAAAAUUGAGUUCUAUAACAAGUUUAACACUGUUAUUUUUUUACGCAAAAAUUGAAUUCUAUAACAAGUUUAAUACUGUUAUUUUUUUACACAAAAAUGAAACAUUGACAAGCUUGAGCUCUUUAAGAAUCUGAUUUUUUACUUUUAAAGACUGCCAACUUCAUAGCAGUAACGUUAAUACUCAUUUAGCUUUAACAACCAAAACAGAUGGAAUUAUAAUAAUCUAUUCAUGAACAUUAGUAUUUAUUCAGAAUUUAUUUCAAUAUAUGGCCCUGUUUUUGAAGAAAAAGUAUUACUAAACAUUUGUAUUUUUUAUAUAUAACAGAGAAAACUGAAGACUAAUUAAUUUUAUGAUUAAAGUAGAUAAAGCUCUCCGGAAUCACAGAUAAGUGAUACAAAGGAUGUAUUCAUGUUAAUGUUUGUUCAUAGUUCUUAACAUAUGUUGUAAUGUCAAUUAUAAUUGUUGGAACAUUAUUUUUGUUUUCAUUUCAAAAUCCGUCCCACUCCUGUAAAUGUUUAUUGAACGCAAGUGGCAUAGGUUUGGAGUUAAUGGUUUCAUUAAUAAAAAUUUAAAACGCGAUUUUUUUGCAGACAUUCAGUUUGAACCUUCCCUACGGUUGUAAGUCGCAGGUAUACACCUUAGUGCGGCAACAAUGUCUCCUGCACUACUACUCACGAAAAAAAAUUCGCAAGCAGCGAUGUUCUUGGUUAUGUGAAGGGAAUAAAUAAUCUCAAUCGCAUAAUUUGAUGUUCACAAAUAAUUAGAAAAUCUUUAAUUAUUAGAUUAGAUUAUUAUGAGACUAAGAACGCCCUCUUCCUGACUUGACUGAUUGCUGUCGCUAUUAUAGCUAAAUCUCGAAUUUGCGGAAAUGUUCUCGAUUCUGUAUACCGUAUGCUGCCUCGCACUGUAUAGUAUAUGCAAUCUUAGAGCAAUCGAAAUAUAUUAAGAUUUUCCCAAUUGUCUUUUUCCAUGAGUUUUAAUUUUAACUUCGAAGAUAGAAUAAGAGCAUUCAUUUUCUAGAGUUUUCAAUUCUUAUGAUUUGGAAAAGAUGGCGCGUGCGUAGCACGCGC